CUUUGGUGACAAUUGACAACUGUCAAAUAUUGUGUUAAUUUGUAAAAGAAAACGAACUUACUACCAUGGAAAUUUAAUAAACUUAUUAUUCAAUGUUUAGUAGUAAAGUGCAACUUCAAAAACGAACUCCUGAGAAUGGAACUGACCGCGAAAGCUAUUUAACAUUAUUAGUGGAUGAGUACAUCAAUAAGGAAUCUACUGAGUCGAAAUGCCAAGUGCUAGCAAAUCUAGCUAAUUUCGCAUAUGACCCGAUAAACUAUGACUUUAUAAGAGAUGUUGGAGUUUUAGAUAUCUUUAUACAUGUGUUAAAGAAUGAAAAUAAUGGCACUCUUCUUCAUUUUGCAGCCGCUGGAUUAUCUAACCUAUGCAUAGAUCCAGAAAACGUUGAAUAUGUUCUAAAACAUGCAGAUCUGAAGAUCAUCAGCACAUUACUGAAGUCAAGUCACAGCGAAACUGUAGCGGAAGCAAUAACAAUAUUUAUCUAUUUAUAUCACAGCCAUGCAAAAUCUGCAGUGGAGAGUUUAAAUAUUAUUCAAGAUAUACAGAGUUUAACAAAUUCUGAGAACAAAGUUAUUUCCAAUCUCGCAAAUAUAUUUAUAGAUGAUGUAAACAAAGGCCAUUGUGCUAACAAUUGAAUAAUUUGUACGAAACAUUUGGUGGAUUAUAAUAAAUAUGAAUAAGAUGCUGU